AUGCAAUUGCAAGAUCGGAGACCGCCAAUAUGGGUAUCAUGGUGGAUGGCAUUCUCGAUCAUUAUAGUGUCAUGGGACGCAGGAUAUUGUUUCAUGCGUCCGAGGAGUUUCGGUCAAGGUGAUUUAGCUUGGAUAUGGGCACCGUACAACUGGGUACCAUAUAGCACUGUCGAUUAUUUAUACGGUCAACAGGCUUUGGAUUCAGGAGACGGAUUCACGAAUGCGCAAGCACUCAUGAACGUAAUUGAGAUAUUCCUCGCUGUGGAAUACCUCUAUCUUCGACAUACAUCCCCAUCAACUUUAUCUUCAUCGAAAAAGUCAAAUCCUUCACAUCGAUAUCAUGCUCAUGCACCUUUAGUUGGAUUUGCCGGAGCUCUCAUGACUUUGAGUAAAACUUCUUUAUAUUUCUUACAAGAAUAUUUCUGCAAUUGGUGCAUGGUUGGACAUAAUGAUAGAUUCACUUUUUGGGCUGUGUGGGUUGCGACUAAUACCCGGUAUUGUCUUGAACAUCGUCGAAUUAUGCUUACCUGCCAUUCUUACUUCAACAGUACAUGGAUAGUCAUUCCAUUUAUCGUAUGCGUCGUUCUGGGUCGAUUUAUCGCUCAAGCUCUCAUGAGGGAUACAGCGAACCAAAUCGCCUACCUCGAAUGGUCCACCGCACAACAGUCGUCGUCCAGCACCGCUACUCCCCACACGGCACUGAACACGAUAUCAGAAGAGUCAGAAGUAGCUGAGAUCGAAUCGGACGCACAAAUCUCCCUUGCUACAUCUCCCGCAGCUCUUCCCCUCACAUUCCAUCCUCAAGGUCUAUCUGUGCUUAUCGUAGGCUCGAAUCGUUUGGCGGCUACCAGAGCGUCCACCUUCCUUGAAGCCGGUGCUAAAGUACUGGUAACUUCUCGACUACCCUUGUCCGAGCUGGCAGCUGAAAUGAGACUCCUUGAAGAAGCUGGUCGGGUCUCAUACACACAGAUAAACGGAGAGACGUCCCGAGCUUGGUCUACAUUACUCACCGAUCGCGCCAUCUCAUUAGUUUGCGUAACGGAUACUCUGAUUGGUUCAGGAUCAGGAUCAGGAUAUCGUCGACCAGCUUCGUCAGCAAAGAUCAUAUCUGAAACGUGUCAAUCCCUUCGAAUACCCGUGAACAUCUCUGAUCAACCUCUUCUUUCGACCUAUACAUUCCCAUCAGUACAUCGAUUCAUUGGACAAAGCGGUGAACCAUCCAAUCUUCAGGUGGCGGUAACUACGAAUGGACAAGGGUGUAGAUUAUCCGGUCGGAUAAAACGAGAGAUCGUUUCAAGAUUACCUGCCAAUGUGGGAGCAGCAGUAGAUAACGUAGGCAAACUUCGUUCAAAAGCUAAAGCAGCUCGUAAAUUGUCGGAAGAAGAUAACGAAGGUCCAUUAAAUUCACCCGUACCUCAGAUAUCUACUCCUUCUUUAUCCAGAGUAGGAUCAUCGGAAAAGUUGAAUGGUCAUUUUGAGUUUGGAUUGAGCGAAGAAGAACAACAAUUACGUCGUAUGAGAUGGGUUCAUCAAAUGUCUGAAUACUAUUCAUUUGAACAUUUGGCCAGAUUGAAAGAAUCAGAUCUAGAUCAAGCAUUAAAAUUAUGGUCAAAUUCAUCUUCAAAUCUAUCUUCGCAUUCGGACGGUAUCCAUUUACCUCAUCAUGAAUCUGGAAUCAAACGAAAAGGGAGAAUAUUGUUGAUUGGAAGUGGACCUGGACAUCCUGGACUACUGACCGUUGCAGCUCAUCAUGCAUUGAAAACAGCAACAUUGAUAUUAUCAGAUAAAUUAGUCCCAUCAGAGAUAUUAGCUUUGAUACCUUCCACAACAAAACUACACAUCGCCAAGAAAUUCCCUGGAAAUGCAGAAGGGGCUCAAAAUGAAAUGAUGGAAUUAGCAUUGGCCGGAGCGCAAUCUGGAGAAGUUGUCGUUCGACUCAAACAAGGUGAUCCAUUCGUAUAUGGAAGAGGUGGUGAAGAAGUUUUGUAUUUCAGAGAACACGGGUUUGAAUCCAUGGUAAUACCAGGAAUCAGUUCAGCAUUAGCAGCACCCCUGAUGAUGGGUAUACCAGUCACACAACGUGGUGUGGCUGAAUCACUCGUCAUGUGUACAGGUGUAGGUAGACAAGGUAAAUCCGUUAAAUUACCUGGAUACAUAAAAUCCAGGACAUUAGUGAUGUUGAUGGGAGUCGCAAGAAUAAACCAAAUUAUCGAUACAUUCAUUUCGCAAAAUUCAGAAGGAAGAGAUGGUGAAUCGUAUCCUGAAUAUUUACCAAUUGGAAUCAUCGAAAGAGCUUCAUCACCUGAUCAAAGAAUAAUAUUAAGUACUUUAGGUAAAAUAGAAGAAUCGUUGAAGAAAUUAGAUGAAAGACCACCUGGAAUGAUGAUUGUUGGUUGGGCGGCUUUAUGCUUGGAAGGUAAAGGACGAGUAGAUGUUUUGGAUACAAUCAAUUCAAGCAACAAAGAUGAACAAGCAAUAGUGGUUGAAUGGUUGAAAGACGAAGAUUAUAAAAUUAGAGAAGGGUUGGCUGAAGGUUGGAAAGAGAUACUCGAAGGGGUCCAAUGA